GCAAUCGAGUUUACCUAAUCGAGAGCAGAUUGCAGGCGUUGAAUUACAUCAAUUAUUUAUACAUACAACCUCUAUCAAAAUAUAUACAAAAGGUACAUCCAAGUUCAGACGAAUUGUUUGUAGUGGACGUUGUUUAAAUAUUGGUACUUACCUUAGGUACCUUAUGUAUUUACACAAGCACAACAGCUUAAAGGAAACGCAUUAGCAAAAACAGAAAAAAAAAAAAAAACAUUUACAUACAUCCCACCAUGGCGACACGACGAUUUGCGCUCAACGGCGCCGGUGCCGCUCUACGCGGCAGCACCUCCCGGCUAAUGGGUUUGCGUUCGGGUUCGAGCUCGGCCAGUAUACCCAUAGCUACCUCGCAUCUACUCCUACGAGAUUCCUUCGGCACGACAUCGCGAGCAACCAGGAGGAGGGGAUGUGGUACACCACCGAGCGCCCUUGCGCCACCACAAGUCCUACCGCGCCUUGCCCCGAGAAGAAGUAUCCGGUGGUCCUCCUCCGAUUCAGCAGCGUUCGGGGGCCAGAGCAAGAUAUGGAGUUUCGAACAGAUCCAAGCCGCCACCACCUCCUCCUCCCCCAAAGUCACCAUAAUCGACGUGCGGGAGCCCACGGAGCUCGUCGCGACGGGGCGUAUCCCCGGCGCCCUGAACGUGCCCAUCGGCAGCGCGCCAGACAGCUUCCACAUCCCGGCGGCCGAGUUCGCCGCGCGCUACGGGUUCGAGCGGCCCCCGUCCGCCGACGGCGCCGCCGGCGCCGGGGAAGUCGUGUUUUAUUGCAAGGCUGGCGUGCGCAGUCGCGCGGCCGCCCAGAUCGCGCGCGACGCCGGCUGGAAGAACGUCGGCGAGUACCCCGGCAGCUGGCUGGAUUGGGUGGCCAAGGGGGGGAAGAUCGAGCGGUGAUUUGGGAAGAGAGAUAGAUACCCACGACUGGGCUGGGAUAAAUAAAUACCUAACCUAACCUAAGGUACAUAAAUAAGGGACCGAUGCUCGAUACGAAGAGGAGAGAAGUUGGGAAUUAUAUGGCAAUAACUAGUUGCGAUGACCUAGGGUAGGUUAGGUAGUUAGUCGUUUGUGAUGACCCCUACUCCCUACUCUCGCCGUGUUUGUAUAUAAAAGGGAGCGGGAUAUCACGAGAAGAGAUACAAGGUAUAUACCUCUAAAUGUACCUGACCUAGAUAAGAGCUAAAAG